AGAAAUAUUUGUUUGGAGGAAGGAUAGGACAGGACGGUGUUAUCUUUCAUAUUUGAACCAUUCGUCGUAGUAUAAUCGGAUAAAUGUUUGAAAAUGCGUUCGUGAAUUCGUGAUAACAAAAGAGUUAUAAAAUUAAUUUUUUGAUUUUUACUUUUAAGUUUUAAGUUUAUUCAUUGUUGUCACAUAAUCGAAUUGCAUACAAAUGUAUAAUAGAUAGUUAAAAUUCUAAUUGUGUACAAUUACGGCAUACCAGUAUUUUAUUCAUAACUCCAGUUCGUUUUGCACUACGUUGUAUUGAAUGUAAUGUGACAGUAUCGCUCUUUUGACAGUUACUGAAUAUUGAUAUGACUGAUACGAAUGACCAAUUUUUAGUUGAAGAUGAUGAAAUAUUAGCUUCUAUAUUAGAAGAAAGUUUAAGACAUUACAAUGAAGUGGAAGUACCGUUACGGUCUAUUACUUUGAAAGAAUUAUCAUCUACACGACCUAAACAGUCUAUUGAUGUGAACAAAGUACUUCCUACACAAACUAUUGUCGAGGAUGAAGUACCACAACAGUCUAUUGGUACAAAUUCUGUACCUAAAUUAAGUAAUGUUGCAUCACCAGUAGUAAUAGACUUGUGCGAAUCACCUAAAAAAUGUGCUGUUGUCCAAAGCAGAUUAUCACAUUUUUUUACAAAACCUAAAAGUGUUAAAAUAUGUGAUGAAAAAAUUAAUAGUGAAUUAGAAAAUCAAACUGAAAAAUUAUCUAUAGAAGUAAAUUCAUCGCCAGUACAGAAUAAUGUCAGCAUUAUUAGUUCACCAGCGAUUUUCUAUAAAGAACCGGAUGCAGAUGGUUUUCAUUUAUCUUCUGGUUCACAUUAUGUGUACCCCUCAAAUUUUCCAGUCAGAGAAUAUCAAAUGACAAUCAUCAAAACAGCUUUAUUUCAUAAUACUCUAGUCAGCUUGCCUACAGGCAUGGGGAAAACAUUUAUAGCUGCUGUGGUCAUGUACAACUUUUACCGAUGGUAUCCAAUGGGUAAAAUAAUAUUUAUGGCACCAACAAGACCAUUAGUUGCCCAACAAAUUGAAGCAUGUCACUCGAUAAUGGGUAUUCCUAGGGACAUGACAUUUGAAAUGACUGGUAAUAUCCCACCCGAACAAAGAUAUUUAGCUUGGAAUAAAUACAGAGUAUUUUUUCUUACACCUCAAGUUCUAGCUAAUGAUUUAAGCCUUAAUAAAUGUCCAUCAGAUACAUUUAGAUGUAUUAUUGUUGACGAAGCACAUCGAGCUACCAAAGAUUAUGCUUAUGUUCAGGUCUUAAAGCAUUUAGCCAAAGAAAACCGAGUAAUUAGAAUUGUUGGGUUAUCAGCUACUCCUGGAACUAAUAUAGAUGCAGUCACUGAGGUGAUUCAAAAUUUAAACAUAUCAAGAUUAGAGUUCAGAACUGACGAAUCUCCUGAUGUAGCAAAAUAUACAAAUAAAAAGGAUGUUGAAUGCAUACCAGUGAAACUUACAAAUACUAUUUUGGAGAUACGCAACCAAUUUUUAAAGGUUUAUGAUAAACACUUAAGACGAUUAAAACAGUAUCAUGCCCUCAAUGGGAAUGUUGCUAAUCUAACAAAAUUUCAAAUACUUGGUGCCAAACAAAAAUUUUUAACCAGUAAUAUUGCUCGUGAUAUGCCAAAAUCUCUUGUUGGAUGUUUAAUAAAUGAUUUUACUAUUUGCAUGUCACUGGCAUAUGCUUUAGAGUUGUUGACUAUUUAUGGUGUUAAAGUAUUUUAUUUACAAUCAUUAGAAAUCAAGGAAAAUCAUAAAUGCUUAUCAAACGAUGCGGAUUUUCAAAAUCUUUUGCAUAGUAUUAACAACGAAUUGAAUUCUCAGGACUUGACUUGGAGUCAUCCCAAACUGUUAGAGUUGAAAAAAAUUGUUCGAAACUAUUUUGGCAAUACAAAUGUAGAAGCUAGUAGUAAGAUAAUAAUAUUCUGCCAGUAUCGGUUGGUUGUAGUAGAAGUGUUUGAACUUUUAAAAACAUUUGGUUCAUCUGUGAAACCAGUCAUGUUUGUUGGGCAAUCUCUUAAGGAAAAAGGGGGUCUACCACAAAAAAAACAAUUGGAGGUGAUGAGCCGAUUUAAAAGUGGAGAUUUCAAUGUAUUAAUUGCUACAAGUGUAGCUGAAGAAGGUCUAGAUAUUGGGGAAGUCGACCUGAUUAUUUGUUUGGAGGCUAACAAAUCUCCAAUUAAAUUUGUACAAAGACUUGGCCGAACUGGACGUAAAAGAUCAGGCAAAUGUAUUACUUUACUGACUGAAGGAAAAGAACAAAUCAAAUACAAUUCUAGUGUUUCUUCUAGCAAAACACUCGUAAUCAAAAUGUUGAAAAGUAAAGUAAUACUUUCAAAGUUGGCUCCUGCAGGACCGAGAUUGGUGCCAAAACAUAUCCAUCCAAAAUGUUUAAUGAUUCACGUAAAAAAACCAGAAGAGUUGUUUCCAGAAAAGAAAAAACUUAAAGGCAAAAAAAAAGGAGUUGAAAAUAUUAUGCGAUAUGUAGAACCUAAUGAUGGUCAAAAUGAAGUAGAUGAAGACGGAGAAGACGGACUCAAUAUUUUCCAAAAUAACAUAGAUAAACCAAAAAGAAAAUCUAAAAAACGAAAAACUGUCGAAUUAGAUACAAUUGAUAAUGACUGUAGGGAAGUAAGAUCGCCCGAAGAAAUAAAUUCAAACUUAGAUUGCGAACACAAUUUGAAUGAUUAUAACGAUUAUAACGCACCCAAUAUUAACGCGCACGGUGUAACCGAUAAGACUUUAGACCGCUUCGUUGAUGAGGAAAAACUGUUUAACGAAUGGAUGCAGUCGUGUGUUCAGACCAAUAAAAUAGUGAUGAACAGCCCGUUUUUGGAACUGUUAAAUUUGUUUACUGACCGUGGACAAUGUGAUACUGAACUUUUCAACAAUGAAUCGACGAAUGACAUGUUUAUGGAGCAUACUGACUUAGUCCAAAGGUCGAUUGGUCCAUCGAUAAGUGAAGAGCGCACGAUCCGCGUAAACGAUCAGCCAAUGAGAAACGUCGAUCGUUCGUUCCUAUCGAGAGAUAAUCUACGACUAGGUGGUUCGCAGGUGGCCAGCACAUCCGCAGCACGUGAUAUCAACUACUACACGGAAAAUACAGAACUUGAAGACAUAUUUGACGGACAUAUUGACCAGUCUAGUGUUAUGCGACCUAUCGGUAUGCGAACGUCCGAAAUUUGUAGCAGUAGCCACAAGACGGAAACCGACAAAAACAACUGUUUGGGUGAACUCGAUUUCAACGAUCUGUACAAAAGUCAACGUGCUAACAGGCACUCCGAUGAUUUCAUGGCGAGGAAUACGGAUUUCCGUGUAAGGCCGCUUACUGUAGACGACGACAAUAGUGAUCAUUCAGUCGAACUUGUACACUGCGUAGGUGACGACAACUCUUCAGCGGAUAUCGCGACAAGAACCGUCGCACCAAGCGACGACGAAGAUGGAGACGAUGAAGUCAUGGGAAAUCUUGAUUUCGAAGAAUUAUUCAAGAGCCAAAGAGCUGACAGGUUCAUCGAAAAGUACAGCGAAGAAAUCACCGCUGAAAUACCAGAGGUCAAUCAUUCGGCGGUCGUGCGUAGUGAUGAUGGCAAAAAAGUCAAGAUGGGCCAUAAGGGAGAAAUAGAUUACAGUGUAUUGUUCAAGAGCCAAAGAUCCAACGGAUACAUCGAAGACUUCAUGGUUAGGGAAACGGAAUCCCGUGUUUGUCAGUCAAAUGCAGGUGAUCACGUUGUACGCCACUUAAAUGAUGACCAUUCAAUAGUGGAUAUCGAAACAAAAACCUUCGUAUGUGACGAUGACCAAGACGAAGACGACGAAAUCAUGGGGAAUAUUGAUUUCGAAAAACUGUACAAGAGUAGUCAGAGAUCCGACAUCUGUACAAAAAAAGAAAUCGCUGCCAAACAACAGAAUGUCGAUCGACCGAUCGCUAACGGUGGCCGGAGAAGUCCCAUCGUGUGUGGAGGCGCACAUAAGGUCGGGAUAUCUAGUAAUCAGUCGAUCGGAAAGAUAGACUACAGUGUAUUGUUCAAGAGCCAAAGAUCCAACGGGUACAUCGAAGACUAUAUGAUUAGGAACACGGGAGCUCAAGUCCCGAGUGCUGUCGAUCGCGAUGUAAUUUACGUCGACGAUCAGGAUGAAGACGAUGAAGUGAUGGGGAACCUUGAUUUUGAAAAACUUUUCAAGAGUCAGAGGGCCGCCAUGGUUACGGACGGAAGUGAUAGAAUAUCCGCCAAACGACCUUAUGUCGAAAACGGUGGGCGGAAGAGUCCCAUCGCGUGUGAUGACGAGCAAAAGGCGAAAACAGUAGAACGUUCGGGCAAAGUCGACUACAGCGCACUGUUCAAGAGCCAACGGGCUGACGGGUACAUCGAAGACUAUGCUGAAAAGAUUGUAGCAAAAAGAGCCUGUGAAAAGGUCGGCGUGGCGGACCGUUUGCCGGAAUCGGAUGUCCUGCAGGUCGUCAGCCUCAACGAUGACGAUGACGACGUUAUUUCCAUAAAAAGCUCUCCAGAAUUUUUCAGUUGCAGACCGCCAAAGAAGGUCGUUCAGACGAAACUGACGGGUCACGUUCGGGCCGAUCGUGAUGUCGAAAUCUUCGACUUGUCGUCGCCGCCACCGAGAUCGUUGCGUACCGCGACUGCAUCCUCCGUCUGUCGACCGAUUUCAGAAGAUAGAUUUCCGACUGGUGGUGUCAGGUCGGGACCUGUCGGUGGCAAUGGUCUGCUUCAGUUGCUCGACGACGACGAGGAUGACAUGGAUUUUAUGUCUAUCGAUUACAACAACGAUGUCGAUGCUGCUGCAGAAGUUUUCACGCAGAAACAUCGAGACGGCGAUAGCGAUGCAGAAGUUUUCACGCAGAAACAUCGGGAUGGCGGUGAGACGAAGACGGCGGCCCGACUACCGUUACCGUCCGUCGUUCCGACAGCAAAACCAGCGGUUGAAAAUGACGUGAAAAAGCGUGUCGGCCACUCUACACAAUCGUACGAAAACAGCAUGAUGCCGUUCAACAUAAUGAAGGCUGCACGUCUUGUUGAUUUACUUAAGCCGGGCUUGAGCAUGAAGAGGAGUACAACUACGGCGGCAUCGAAACGAUUGGUCGACAACGGGUCAACGUCUACAGCGUUCAAGCGGCAGGUCGAUACCGGAUCGACGUCUACAGCGUUCAAGCGACAGGUCGAUACCGGAUCUACGACGCCUGUAUUCAAACGAAAGGUCGACAACGGACCGACGACGCCUGUAUUCAAACGACAGGCCGACAUCGGACAGACGUCGACGGCUUUCAAGCGACAAGUCGACCACGGGUCGAUGGCAGCGUUGGCGUUAAAAAGAAAAUUCGAUAACCACCGAAGCCCAGCCGACGACAUGUCGCCCAUACAUGUCCCAAACGGACCGCGGCGGCGUCCUCAGUUCUCGCAGUCUACUCCCAAAGUUGGACGAGAAACCGCCACGGCUACGACCACAGUCACUACCGCCGCCGAUACGGUCAAUUCUCUGUUGACGUCUAGCAGUGAUUCUGAUGCUUUCAUCGGCCGCGGCCGCAACGAAAAAACGACCAGCCCACGCCGCCGAGUCAAGAAAAAACGACGACCAAAACCGAAAAAGAAACUCUUGUUCAUCGACGACGAAGCUGAUGUCAGCAAUUGCUACGGCGACGGAAACACCCUCAGCACGACUAGCUCUGAAAACGACGAUGACGAUGAUGAACAAAAUGAAUUUGAUUCCAGUUUUAUCGAUGAUGACCACGAAAAGUCCGAUCAGAAGAGCAUGACCAAACAGUAUUUACAAUCGGUCAAGAGUCAGGCUAAUGUCCGAGGAGUUUUCAAGAUACCUCAGCUGAUGGGACAUCAUUACAACAUCGACGUUUACUCUCAGAUGGACGACCGGAAUGUGGAUAAUAAUUACGAAGAGGAUUCGUUUUGCGUGGAAGACGCAUCAGAUUUAAAUAACACGUCGUCGACGACCAACACGAGCACGCAUCGGACGUCGGACGAACGGCCGUCCAAGCCGCCGCCGUCACGGAAACGAAAACGCAUACUAAUGUCGCCGCAGAGUACGGACAGCAGCGACAGUUCCGAAGAGCUGCUGCAGUUCCGCCGGAAGCGCGGCAAGGCGAAGACUUCGUUGGACUUUAGUUGACCGCGGUCGGGCUAUGGAUUUUGGUCCGGUUCGAUUCGCCAAUCUUUUUAUAUCUGUUAAAUUUUUUUCGCGUAUGUUUAUUUUCAUCAGUAGCGUUUUUUUAUUGUACCAUCCGCUGUAUCCCCUUACAGAUACGAUACACUUGUCCGCGAUAUCGUAAUAUUGUACACUUACGAGUCGUGGGCGCGACUGACCGCGUAUCGCUAUAGGUUAAUUAUUUUUUCUCAUUUUUGUUUUAGUAAUUUAACUGCACAUUCCUAUUUCCUAUAUUAUACUUAUACACCACCAUUAUACCUAUAAAAAAUGUUUAUUUGUUUUUUUUUUAUAUACAUAUUUAAUUAUUAAAUAUUUAUUUGUGAUAAUCAACAGAAUAUUGAAAAACGGAUAAUACGUGUGACGUUUUGAUCAGUUUUAAUGUGAUAAUAAAAAUUAACUUUAAAAGUAA